AUGGUCAGGUCGUACAUGCGCCACGGGCCGACACAGGCGUUUGGUAUUGUGACCUCUCCCACCGCCAACUCGACCUACAGUGGCCGCCUCGCAUUCGUUCCCGGCUGGGAAGACGUCCUCGUCUGGGACGUCAAGCUUGGCCAGCUCGUCUCCAUGUGGCACUCGCCCGGCCUGACUUCACAAGUCACCCACAUCAAACCCGCCCCAACCCCUUACACAUCUACCUCCCAAGGUAGUCAAACAUUCGCCGUCUCCUACCAAGAUGGUUCCAUCAGACUUUGGAUUUAUGACUCUGAAUCACCAGAGGUGGAGGCGGAGGAGGCAGUGACCUUCAAUGGUCACAAGAAGAGCGUCACCUCUAUGACAUGGGACUCUGAUGCUUCCCGUCUGGCUUCUGGUGGUACUGAAGGAGAAAUCGUCGUUUGGGAUCGUGUAGGCGAAGUUGGACUCUUCCGAUUGAAGGGUCACCGCGCUCCCAUUACCGGUCUGGCGUUCGUCCCCCACCCCAAGGGCUCUCAUGCUGGAUUCCUCAUCAGUACCUCAAGAGAUACAUACAUGAAAGUGUGGGAUCUCAGCACUCAACACUGCGUGCAGACCGUCGUUGUUGGCCGUGGAGAGGUUACUGCCCUUGCCCUGCGCGAGGAAGACGACAGUCCUGUGGUCGCGCAGGCUGAAGAAGAGAACGGAGAUGGAGCUGAAGAGGAUCAUGUCGGGGGGCGGUGGACAGUGACAACUGGUUCCUCCGAUGGCGAGUCAAAAGUCUACACCUUGUCCAAGGCAGCUUUGGCGACUGGUCUCCAGCCCCUUGCGGACGGAUCUUUACCUUCGCUCCUUGUCUCACUCUGCAGUCUUCCAGUAUCUUCCUCCACCCACCCAAUCAGCCAGAUACAAUGGCAUCCCACGCUACCUCUACUCGCCCUGCAAACGACCGACCGCGGUGUGGUGAUUAUGAGGUUGAGGACGGAGGAAGAGAUCAGCGCAAAGAGGAGCAGAAGAAAGAAGCGUGAUAGGGAGAAGAAGAAGAAGGCCAAGGGAAAGGACGAGAAGGAGGAUGAAGUUGAAGAGGAGGAUGACGAACCUGUCAAGUGGGAAGAAAGAGUGGCUGUCUGGUGUGUUGUGCGAGCCAACGCCAAGGUCAAGAGUUUUGCGUUUGCGUCGGAAAGCUCAACAUCCGUCAAGGGCGGAGUCUCUCUGCUACUCGCUCUCUCAAACAACUCCAUCGAGUCGUACAACAUCCCCUCCCCAUCUGCGUCUGGCAAGUCAAAACUCGCGGAUGGAUCAUCCCCCGAACCCACGAAAACACAUUCCAUCGAACUGCCGGGCCACAGGCAGGACAUCCGCACAGUGUCCAUAUCAUCCGACGACGGUGUUAUUGCCUCCGCCUCCUCCGGCACGCUCAAAAUCUGGAAUGCCAGAACGACCGCCUGUAUCAGGACUAUGGAAUGUGGGUAUGCUCUUUGCUCCACUUUCCUUCCCGGUGACCGACACGUCGUCGUUGGUACGAAAGGCGGUGAGCUCAUGCUAUACGACGUUGGGGCGUCGACACUGUUGAAGACCUACAAGGCACACAACGGUCCUGUAUGGAGUAUCGGUGUGAGGCCAGAUGGACGAGGUCUUGUCAGUGGAAGUGCCGACAAAGAUGUCAAGUUCUGGGACUUUGAGAUGAGGGAAGAAGGUGAAGGUGAAAGGGUCGUCAGUCGGCUGGGAGUCGAGACUGUGUACAAGACAAAGCAACUUGCUCUUGUCCACGUCCGAACACUCAAAAUGACCGACGACAUCCUUGCCCUCAAGUAUACCCCCAACGGCCGUUUCCUCGCCGUUUCGCUACUCGACUCGACAGUAAAGAUUUUCUUCUCCGACACUCUCAAGUUCUUCUUGUCCUUGUAUGGUCAUAAGCUUCCUGUGCUCAGUCUUGACAUCUCUACCGACAGCAAGUUGAUCGUCACUUGCAGUGCCGACAAGAAUGUCAAGAUUUGGGGUAUGGACUUUGGUGAUUGCCACAAGAGUAUCUUUGCGCACGAUGAGGCGAUCAUGGGUGUCAUGUUUGAGAAAGAGGCGGGGAGUCACAACUUCUGGACGGUCAGCAAGGAUAGGGUUAUCAAGUACUGGGACGGAGACAAGUUUGAGCUCAUCCAAAAACUUUCUGGUCAUCACGGAGAAGUUUGGGCCCUGGCCACUGCUUCCAAUGGUCAAUUCGUCGUUACUGGUUCUCACGACAAAUCAAUCCGUAUCUGGGAGAAGACCGACGAGCCUCUUUUCCUCGACGAGGAGCGUGAGAAGGAAAUUGAAGACAUGUACGACUCCAACCUUGCCGACUCUCUCAACCGAGACCCGGAAGGCGAAAAUGGCGAGGGCGAAGGCGGCGAAGUUGAGGCGGUACAAAAACAAACUGCCGAGACUCUCAUCGCUGGUGAAAAGAUUAUGGAGGCCAUCACCGUUGCCGACGAGGACCGACUGGCAGUCCAGCAAUGGGAAGAGGAUUGCGAGAAGGCUGGUGCUGAAGUACCUCGUCCUCCGCGACACGCCGAGCUCAUAGCCAGGGGUGAUCUGGAACCCGAUCAGUAUGUGCUCCAGACUGUGAAGAAGAUUCCUGCCGCUAGCAUGGAGGACGCUUUGCUGGUGCUGCCGUUCAGGAUGGUGGUCAGUCUGAUGGGUUAUCUGGACGAAUGGGCCAUGCAGGGCAAGGAAGUGAUCUUGGUUUCCCGAAUCCUCUUCUUCCUUCUCCGCACUCACUCUGCUCAAAUCGUCUCCAACCGCAUCAUGCGAACUCCCCUGCUCACUCUGAGAACACAUCUCCGGCAGGCACUCUCUGCUCAACGUGAUACGAUGGGUUUCAACAUUGCUGCUCUCAAAUUCUUGAAGGGCCGAUGGGAAGGCGAGAGGGUUGCCGGGAUGUAUGAGGAGGAGGGGAUGGAUGAGGAGGCUGUCAGGAAGAGGCUGGAAGAUGGGCGUGGGAAGAGAAAGAGGGUUGAGGUCCGCGCUUGA